AACUUUGGUCUGGAUUUUCGGCUGAGAAAUCAUAAGCACCCUCUCCGAUUUCCACGACUUGGGGCAGUGAAUUGGUGAAGUCCGUUGUGCUCCUACUCGGUUUGGACGUGAGCCGUGCUUGUGACAACAGUAACGAUGAAGGCGAUGUGCAGAAGUGCAUGUGUGCCAGAAGGAAGAAGAUCUCACGGCCAUCUUUUGAUUGGCAGACGAAGAUCUAUGGAACACGGCCGGCCGUGUGACGAAGAAGAAAAAGAAGGCCAGUAUCUGCCACCUGCCUGGCUGAAGAAGAAGUUGGGGACAUGGCAUCCUGUAUUUCUCAGAAUGACUCGAACAUUUUUCCACAAGGCAUUGGCAGAAACGUUAGGACCCGAAAUGAGCUAGAAUUCGGGGCGAUUCUGGAUGAAAUACGUUGCGGUAGCGCAAUCCCCCUUCAGCUCAAGACACUGAUGCAAGUAUUGUAUGACCAUGCCCCACGCUCUGUGCAUGUCUUUGGAGUUCUUCCAUCAGUUUCCAAAUGCGUCGAGUUGAAGCAAGGACUUCAAAACGGUCAAGUCUCUUGGCCCUCCCAAAGCAUCUAUGUGUGUGGGGCAGUGUUUCUGAACUUCCUUCAACAUUUACCGGACCCACUAUUAACUGGCAAACUUUAUCCGGAGUGGAUGGACAUUGUCAGUACACCCAGAAGUUUACUCUCUACAAAAUCGUGCAUUGUAAGGCUCGGUAAAAACCUGCCACGAUCUCAUCAAGAACUACUGAAAUGCUUCUUGGUCAUCCUGAGACGUAUGUGUCAAAAUGUGCCUCGGACACACGUGACUCCCAUUUUGGCUGGUCAUUUUGUUGGCCCAUCUGUUUUGUGGAUGCCCAACAAGAAGCAGUUUCUCCAUCCUUCAUGCGACUUUCAUUACAAAUUGGCCAAGAUUGUCAAGUUGCUCAUCGUAUUUAUGGAUGACAUCUGGAACGAUAUUGACGAAAAGGAAAUGUUCGGACAUCCAAGAGCCGCGCCACCGUCAGAAAGUGGAGAAAUUUUAGCAGGAUCGGAAGCCUUUUUCCAUCAGAAUCCACAGAUGUUAGUGGACGAGCUCGAACAAGAAUCGUCUCACAAUUCCCUACUGGAGGAGAUGAUGAAUUCACCUUCAGAGUACAAGCCAUUUCGAUCACCUGUCACAUCGGCGCUCGACAAACACUCCCCACCGGCUCAUUCUCGAACACUGCCCAUCAUGUCAAAAAUAAGCAGCCGUUCAAGUCGAACAUGGCCGGGGUACAUUCGGAAGCUAUGCGGUAAGGGUGGCACGUCCAUAGACAGAAGUGGGCUCGACAGCAGUGGGAGCGACGUGCCGAGUGAAAAAGCGAGGGUGUCUACGUUUCCGCGUUGCACCGCGAGUAAGAACGCAACGGAAGAGCAGGACAGGGAACUGCUAUCAUUUGGCGAGGGCUACCUGUAUCCCGACUGGGUGUAUCUCUAUCCUGCAUGGAAUCUACCAGGCGAUGAUCUUCCAAACUGGGCCCUGUCAGGUUUCACGCUAGACAUGAAUGAUCUGGCAGAACAAACAACGGACAAGUGGACCAAUAUAUUUACAAAUCUUUUCAAGGAGGUUCUCCACCCUGUAAAGAAGCUUGUGCCUUUUCACAGACAUGAAGCACUGCCUGGAACGCAAUUUUAGAAUUUGUACUGAAUGCUGUGAAUAGCUUUCAUAAUACCGCAUUCUUUUAAAUA